UGUCAAGAUCUUGGCAUCCUAAGUUGGGCUCUUGGAUGCAGGAAAUAAAGACUUACCUUCAAACAGCCCAUGGCCACCACGGCCACCAUGGCCACCAAAGCCACCUUCGCCGCGGGGCGCCCGCGCCUGGAUCCUGCCCAACGGCUGGAGAAGCUGAUGAACUCCGCAGCAUAUGGUGGUGCCGUGGUGGACGACUCCGCUGCCAAGCGCAGCCACAGCGCCCCCCGGGCGCUCGCGCCGCGGCCUGCGCCUCGGUGCCAGCGGCAACCGCGGCCAGUGCGGCCGGCGCCGCGGCCGGCGUCUCGGUCGUUGCUGAAGACCACGGAAGCGUAUCGACAGCAGCAGGGCACCACUGCUGAAACCUUGCUGGACGUGGGGAAAAAGACCAUGACACCAGAGAAGGCCAAAGCAGUGGACCGCGCCCGCGCCAAGGUCGGCUGCUCCGUUGCCGUGUCGGCCGGUAACGCGCGGCCCGAGCGGCCAAGUUGCGCGUCGCGGGCCAGCAGUGUGCCGACCAAAUUGUUCACCGGAACAGCACAUUGUGCGGGGCCAGAUCGGGGCAAGCCUUGAUGUACAGUAACAACGGUUCAGCUGCCCAUGGCAAAGCUUGGAAUUCAACUGCUUUGAGGAAAA